UCGCCGUCGAGUAAAAUGCGUCGGCGACGCUCCUUUUCCCCUUUCCCCGCCCCAUUUCUAGCGAGUCGGGCAGACAAAGUGGACGGCGGACGCACCGAGUGUCAAGGUGGCGAUGAACUUGCGGCGAUACAAAAACCUGCUCGGCCCGGCGACGACGACCCGGCGACGGCGGACGGUCGUAUAUGCAGCGCUCGGACGCACCGACCCAGCGGCCGCUGCGGAGCGCGGAGGACCGGUUCCCGCGUCUCAAAAAAAAAUUACCUUGUGUGUUUUCGGGCGCGCAGCUUUCUAGACCGCAUUCACUUGGUGGACCUGGCCAGGGCCGAGGAGGACCUGCUGCUGUACGGGCUGUGGGUGGCCACCAUCUGCUCGCUGGGCGGCGCGCUGCUCUUCUGCGCCAUGGCCGGGGUGUUCGCGGUCAUCAACACGGCCACCACGCCCAUCGGGGCCAUCACGGGGGUGCCCGGCCUCUACCUCUGGAACACGCUGGCCAUGCUGCUGGACCUCGGCGCCGUGGCCCUGUGGGCGGUGCAGUUCCACCAGAAGCUGCAGUUCAACGUGAUGACACGCGAGGACCGAGAAAACUACUGGGUCUCCACCAACAUGGCUACGUUCGGGGCUUCGUUCUGGUUCGUGGUCGGCGCGGCAGUGGUGCACGCCCUCAACAUGACGGCCAUCUACUUCGGCACCCGGGAGCCGCGCGAGAAGACGGCGCCCGCGCCCAUGCUGGAGGAGAAGGGCAACGGAGCCAUCAUGCUGUACUAGACUGGCCCAGACUGGAGCCGGCGAAGCUAGCGAAGCCCCCAGUUUGGCAGACCUUCCGAGUCUAGCGACAAGUCACAUUGGGCAGUGGAGACCCCCUUCAUGAACUGCCAGAGAACCCUGAGUCCAGAAGUACACACUCCUUGAGCGUCGAGAGCGUAGCCGGCACAGAUCUCUUACCAUAAGCCUUCUUCAUGUUUGUCUAGCCCCCAUGCUCGCCGAGGUAUACGAUAAGUGUCCACCUAAGUAGGCACCCCAAGGACAAGAACGGCUCCUUCAUGCGUUUGCUCAACAGCCAUUCAUCUCGUAAGGAGUGCUUUAUUUUAGAGGGAUUUCUUUCACCUGUCUUAGAUUACUGCUUCCGGUUCGCAUAAAACUAAGAUUUGGAUUUACGAGAGCCUUUUUAAAAGUAGAUUUGUUAUAUUCACCUUCAAGUGUGUCUGGUAGGAUUGUAUCAUGUUUUCAACAUGUGAUUCACAUUGUGCAUGUGAAUGUGUAGUAGAAAACUGACCUUGAUAACUUCAAAGCUCUACCAGCAUCUACCGGUCAUUAAAUUCCCACUAAUAUAGGCAUCAUUGUCACUAAUUAAUCUCAUUAUUUAACAAAAAUAGUCAUCAUUCCUUUGUGAAAUACACUCCUGUAUUCCUCAUCAAGUUAAGUGUACUUAGUCUUAGCAUCCAAACAAAUAAUUGUAAUUAAGAUGUGCCAUUUCCCACCUCUGUUUGCAGUCCAGAAUCACUCAUGACGGGGUUGGUGCAAGACUGAUACUGUUGGCUAAUUGUAAUAAUAUCCGAUCCCUGAUUCUAGAUUAGGUAUUUUUAAGAGGAAAAUUGUUCUAAGUUUUCUGCAUGACACUGGAGAUAAAUAUUUAUGUGAGGUGAUGCACAAAGUAAUUAGUGUCAGAUGUAAAUGUGAUUAAGAAUAAAAGUGAAUUAAGUAAUAAAA